AUGAUUAGUGGAACACUGAAAGUCUUUGCGUUCUUCAUAUCAAUAUCUUUGAUAUUUUUGGAUUCGACUUUUGCUUACGUUCGCGAGCCUACAGGAGAUAGAAAAAAUCUUAAAUUAAAACACGACUAUAAACUUACUUUCAAAAAGCCAUAUUAUUAUAAUCAUACUGUACCUUUUUUUGAUACAUAUGGCCAUACUCUCCUCGCAACGGAUUUUAUUCGAUUGGCGCCUAGUGUUCCAAAGCACGCAGGUUCGAUAUGGGCACAGCUUUCAAACCCACAUAAAGAAUGGGAAGUAGAGUUAUCCUUUAAAAUUACAGGGAAAUUUUAUGUUGGUGGUAGAGGUAUUGCAUUUUGGUAUACCAAAGAUCGUGCUGAACAAGGACCGGUAUUUGGAAACAAGGAUAAAUGGGUUGGACUAGUGAUCAUGUUCGAAACCGUUGACCAUAUUAGAAAACGCGAACAUCCCGUUAUAAUGGCUCAUCUUAAUGAUGGUUCCACACUUUAUAAUAAUAUAACUGAUCCUGGUGACGUGAUGCUUGCCGGAUGUUAUAGAUUGUUUCAUAAUACACCAUCACCUGUAUUUUCCAGAAUAUCGUAUUAUAACAGAACUCUCAAGUUAGCAGUGGAUGCCAAUGAUGAAGGGGGGACGUAUCUUCCAUGUUUCGAAAAAAAAGAUAUAGAUUUGCCAACUGGAUAUUAUUUUGGGGUUUCUGCGGCUGCGCAAGGAGAAACGCCUGAUGAUCACGACGUUCUUUCCUUCGAAACUUAUGAAGUAAAUCCUGCUGAAAAACAGAAUAGGCAAUUACGUCCUCAUGAGGCUGAAAAAUUAAAAGAUGUCCCAGCAGAAAAUUAUGAAAUACCUACAGACGUUAAAAAACGUAUUGAUGACAUUAAAAAAGUUGUAUCAUCUCCCAAAGAAGAUGGUAAAGACAGAGAGGAUUUGAGGAACGUCGAUUUCAUUAGAGGGAUGCAGACCAAAAUUCUUGAAUCGAUCGAUCGAUUACAUGAAGUGCUGGCAUCCGGAGGUGCAAAUUCUAAUGAUAAAUAUUAUACCGGUGAAUCAAGCAAGACUGAAAGUCAAUUAGCUGCCAUUUCACAAAAAUUGGAUAAAAUCGUAACCAGCUUAUCUUCUUUAGAAAAUAGAGUAUCAAGAAUUCCUAUAAGUUCGAACGAAUAUGCAAUUAAAGAGCUAAAGGGAGAAAUACAACGAAUAAUAGGCAAAAUUGAUGCCAUGGAUGGCCGAAUUACCGGGCAGUUUCACCAAACACAACGAUCCUUUCAAGAACAAGGCCGAGGAUCACAAGGAGUUGAAGAUCAAUAUCAACUUGAGACACAUUCAAGAUGGUUGACAAGACCUCUUGCACAAUCUUGA